AAAAUAUGAACUGCAGUGAGUCAGUCUAAGAGUAAUGACUGCAUCAAAUAUCUACCAAUCUUAGUAAAUUUUAUGUGGUAAAUUGCUCUGAUGGUAGUCAGUAUCAGAUCAGCGAAGGUGAAAAGGAAGCAGGAAGUUAUGUCCAGACAAAGUGAAACACACAAAAGUUUCUGAUUUAGUGGACAAUUUCGACUUAUUCAUUCUUUAUGCUAAGCUCUGUGUCAUUGCUUUUCUCUUUCCUUUAUGUCCAACAUUUAGGACACAAACAAGUGUUAAAAGUGGUUUGCUAAUAAUCAUUUUUCUUCAACAACUAUUCUUUGUUUCUUUCCCCUUCACUUAAAACUCAUAUGCCUUAUAAAAGAAAAAGAAAAAGAAAAAGAAAAGUUGCUCAUUUCCUUAGGAUUCUAAACGUGUCUAAUCAUAAUGGUAGAGCUCACAUAAACUGAAAGAGAAAGGAUUAUUGAGAGGUGGCAGGAUUGAUGCUUCAGCAGAUCUUGAUUGUUCUCAAAAUGCACAAAGAGUAGCAAUCAACCAGAUACCAAUCACUGCAAAACCCAACAAUUUCUUAUUUCACAUUUUCACAUCCUGUCCCUUGCUAUCUCAACAGGCAUGAAGCCUUCUUGCAAGUUCAGAUUCUUUUCCACCACCACCACAGUAAGCUACUCUUUUCAUAAUGACCAUACUAUCCCCACGGAAACCAAGGAAAUCCCCAUUAAUUCCCCUUCCAAAGAUCCUCUUGUAACCAUAAUUGACCAUCCCCCUCAACCAGAUGCUGCUGCCAAGAUCCAGGCUGCCUACAGGGCCCAUAUAAUCCGCACCCUCUACAAAAAGAUAUCAUCUGUAAAUUCUGAAGCUGAUCAACUUGAGCAUAAAAUCCAACGGCAGGAGACAGUGGAUGCCAUCAGGAGUGAUGAAAGAGAGAAGCUUAGAAUUAAUGAGGCCUUGAUGGGUUUGCUUCUAAGGCUGGACUCUGUGCCUGGGAUUGAUCCAACAUUGAGAGAGGCAAGGAGGAAAGUAAGCCAUAGGAUUGUGGGGCUGCAGGAGAUUGUGGAUGGGAUAUGCGGAAAUGAUGGCAAUGAUUGGUGUGGUGGUGGCAGGUUUAUGGGGGAUUGGGAUGAGAUGGUGGCAAAGAUGGAGGAAGAGAUAUGUAAGGAGAGAGGUGGUGAAGAGAUGGAGAGGUUUUGUGCUGAAUAUCUUGGUUUUAGAUGCCUGCAGAGGUUUUUGCACGAGCCAUGAAUAGUUUGAGGUUAUUUUCUUCUUGUGAUGUAAGCAUAUUGUAAUAUAUGUAAAAAUGAAGGGUUAUCUGUAAUUACAUAUCAUGUUUUUGGAUUUUCUUUUCUCCAUAGUCAGUUGCGUUUUGAUGAUAAAUAAAACAAAGCUUGAUUUAAAAGAAAAGCGAAUACAUUCGACCUCCUUUCUGAUUAA